GCUUUCUCGCCCUUCGGAAGCGUAGUUUUCUCUGCAGAAGGGUUCGUUUCUCAGAUCCCAUUUUCUUAUCUCCAUUUCUCGCUGUCCGUUUCCAUCAAUUUUUACGGCGAGUUGACGAGUGUGGGUCUCUUGCCAUGGCUACCGUUGCUGCUAUUUCAGGACCGCGAUAUGCUCCAGAGGAUCCAACUCUCCCCAGUCCUUGGAGGGGACUGGUUGAUGGAAAAACUGGAUAUCUCUAUUUUUGGAAUCCCGAGACCAAUGUGACCCAAUAUGAGAGGCCAAUCGGUUCGGGUCCUCCUCAGAAGUCCUCUUCAGUGCUUAUAAGUUCUUCAGUUCACAUUCAACAGUCUUCUCAAGGACAACGUUCUAGUAAUCCUAACGAGGACAAGGAUAGCUAUGAAAGAGGUAGCAAUGAUGGAUCAAAACUUGAUGCUGCAUCAAGGAGCCAGCAGACAAGAGGUGCACCUGCACCAUCCCAAAGUGCUGCUCGAGCUGGAGUGGUUUCCUCUAGCAGUGCUGUAAUUGGGGUUUUUAGUGCUGGACAUGGAGGUUCUGCAAGAGGACAGGGACCAUUGGACGGAGGGAGUGGUUUGUCUGCCGAGUCUUAUCGUCGUCGGCAUGAAAUUUCUGUUACUGGUGACAAUGUGCUACCACCUUUCACAUCAUUCGAAGCUACUGGAUUUCCAUCAGAGAUGCUUAGAGAGGUACAAAAUGCAGGAUUCUCUGCUCCAACUCCAAUUCAGGCACAAGCCUGGCCAAUUGCUCUUCAAAGUAGAGAUGUAGUUGCCAUUGCUAAGACAGGAUCUGGGAAAACCUUGGGUUACUUGUUUCCAGGAUUUAUGCAUCUCAAGCGCAGUCACAAUGACUCUCGAUUAGGUCCAACUGUGUUGGUAUUAUCACCAACUAGGGAGCUAGCUACACAGAUACAAGAUGAAGCGGUGAAGUUUGGAAAGUCAUCAAGAAUAUCUUGUGCGUGUUUAUAUGGAGGAGCACCAAAAGGCCCACAGUUAAGAGAUAUAGACCGUGGAGCAGAUAUUGUUGUUGCCACUCCUGGUCGCUUGAACGAUAUUCUCGAGAUGAGGAGGAUCAGCCUCAAUCAAGUUUCUUACCUUGUGCUGGAUGAGGCUGAUCGCAUGCUCGAUAUGGGUUUUGAACCUCAAAUAAGGAAGAUUGUGAAGGAGGUUCCUGCUCGUCGCCAGACUUUAAUGUUCACAGCAACAUGGCCGAAAGAGGUUCGGAAGAUUGCAGCAGAUCUACUUGUUAAUCCUGUCCAAGUGAACAUUGGCAAUGUUGAUGAACUUGUUGCUAACAAGUCUAUCACGCAGCAUGUUGAAGUACUGCCACCCCUGGAAAAGCACAGGCGAUUGGAGCAGAUAUUGCGAUCGCAAGAGCCAGGAUCAAAGAUGAUUGUUUUUUGUUCAACUAAAAAAAUGUGCGAUCAACUUGCUCGUAACCUUGCUCGCCAGUUUGGAGCUUCUGCUAUUCAUGGAGACAAAUCCCAGAGUGAAAGGGAUUUUGUGUUAAAUCAGUUUCGAGCUGGCAGGACUCCGGUGCUUGUAGCCACUGAUGUUGCAGCCAGAGGGUUAGACAUUAAGGAUAUCAGGGUGGUUAUCAAUUAUGACUUCCCUACAGGAGUAGAGGAUUAUGUUCAUAGGAUUGGAAGGACUGGAAGAGCAGGUGCUAGCGGAGUGGCUUACACAUUCUUUGGCGACCAGGACGCAAAGUAUGCUUCAGAUCUUAUCAAAGUAUUGGAAGGUGCCAACCAGCGAGUCCCAUCAGAAAUUCGUGAUAUGGCCUCACGUGGAGGUGGGAUGUCCAAGUUCAGACGCUGGGGUUCUGGUUCUGGUGGCCGUGAUGGGGGUCGUGGAGGAUACAGUGAUUCAAGUUAUGGUGGAAGGGAUGGUGGAAGGGGUGGUGGAAGGGAUGGUGGAAGAAGCGGCUGGGGAUUUUCCUCUGGUUCACGUGACAGGUUUGAUCGCGGUCACCAAAACGAGUAUGGUAGGGGCCGCAGUCGCAGUCCAAGCCCUGAAAAGGGUUCUGGUUGGAGUGAUCGCAAUAGAGGUUCAAAUCGUGAACGUAGCCGGAGUCGUAGUCGCAGUCGCAGCCUUGACAAGGCUCCACGCGCUGGGCGAAGUUUCCAUCAAGCAAUGAUGGAAAAGGGUCGGCCGUCCUCGCCACAUCAAAAACAGCAUGGGCCAAGUUUUCAUCAGGCAAUGACAGAAAAGGGUCGGCCGCCUUCACCAAAUCGGAAACAGCAUACGCCAAGUUUCCAUCAAGCAAUUAUGGAAAAGAGUUGGCCACCAUCACCGCAUAAAGGUUUUGGUGAUGGUGGUUAUGGGGAAGAAGCCGAGGAAGGCAUGAUACCCCAAGACGAGUAAAGUACCAAUCGGGUAACUUUUCUAAUACCUUCUUUUUAUUUGUUUUGAUGGUGCUGUAACUGGAAAUAGUGGUGGUGCCUGCUGUACAAGGGUAACCUGGUGUGGAUUAUGAACUUGGCGGAAGAUGUAUUUUGUUUGUAGACUGGGGGAUUAAAGUUUUCCUUGGACCCCACUUUCUCAACCCCCUUUUUUUUUUUUUGUUGGUCCUUUUUAAUUUCGUAGAAAGGAAUACGGCAACGGUGAAGCAACAUAGUUAGCCAAUGAUAUCAUGUAUUUCUUGUGUAGUUCUGUGACUUGCAAACUUUGACUAGCUAAAAAGAAUAUAUUUAUUUGUCUA